GUUUUUUUGCUUGGUAAUUGAUUCCAUAUUAGCCUAGCCUAGCCUGAGAGCCUCGGAGAGAUAUCACUGGCACUGCUGCGCUUUCUCCAGCGUGGGCUGCAAGAGCAAGUCAAGACACAACACAGCCGCCUCAUAAGAGCAGGAAACACGGGAAACGUUAACAAUGACAACCAAGAAGCCGCAGAGCUUGCUCCGUGAAGCGUCUCAUCAGAUUAUAGCGGGAGGAUCCGCUGGUCUGGUGGAGAUCUGCUUGAUGCAUCCACUCGAUGUAGUGAAGACAAGGUUCCAGAUCCAAAGGGGAAACAGCGACCCAAACAGCUACAAGAAUUUGACUGAUUGCUUCCGGACCAUCUUCCGCAACGAGGGAAUCUCCGGUUUCUACAAAGGGAUCCUUCCUCCGAUUGUUGCGGAGACACCGAAGAGAGCAGUCAAGUUUUUCACUUUUGAGCAAUACAAGAAGGCGCUGAGUUUGACCCCUUUGUCUGCUGGUGUGGCGCUCUCUGUAGCAGGGCUCGGCGCAGGCUUGACUGAAGCAGUUGUCGUCAAUCCAUUUGAAGUGGUGAAAGUCAGUCUCCAGGCCAACAGAGACGCCUUCAAAGAGCAACCGUCUUCCUUCGCUCAAGCAAGACGCAUAAUUAAUGCGGACGGAUUCGGACUGAGGGGCCUGAAUAAAGGACUCACAUCGACGCUGGGACGCCAUGGGGUUUUCAACAUGAUCUACUUUGGCUUCUACUUCAAUGUCAAGGAUGCUAUUCCUACCAGCCCGGACCCUACUCUGGAGUUCAUGAGGAAGUUUGCUAUCGGCCUGGUGUCUGGGACCAUCUCUUCCUGCGUGAACAUUCCCUUCGACGUAGCCAAGAGUCGCAUCCAAGGCCCCCAGCCCGUGCUCGGAGAGAUCAAGUACCGCACCUGCUUCCAGACCAUGGCUAUGGUGUACCGGGAGGAGGGGUACCUGGCGCUUUACAAGGGGUUGGUGCCCAAGAUAAUGAGGCUUGGACCAGGUGGAGCAGUGAUGCUGCUGGUCUAUGAAUAUGUGUCUGGAUGGCUACAGAAAAACUGGUAACAAACCUAAAAACACAAAAAUAAACCAAAGAGAGUGCCUUAUGGAUUAGACCUCAUUGCCAAUAUUCUUAAAUGACUCUAACGUCAGACCAAAUUCGUUUUUUUGUUAGUUUGUUUUUUCUACAUUGAAUACACAAUUUUGCAGAAUAAUACCAACUCAGCAUUACAAUAUAUUUUCAAAUGAAGCUUUCUGAGGAAAAACGUAAUCAUCAUCUAAGUUACCUUCUCAGGAAUUAAAAACAGCUACAAUACCAAUAUUGACAUUUCUAAUGCAGAACAGGAUUUAACAGUGAGUUUUAAAGGACCUGAUCACAUAUUUUCUCAAUCAAUUUUCUACUAUAAGUCAUGGGGUCCUACAAUACUUAAAAUUAGGGCUGAACGAUUAAUCGAUUUUAAAGCCUGCGAUUAUUAUUAUUAUUUUUGUUCUUCUUGUGUGUCAGUCAUCCACACCAAUCAGAAGUGCUGUGCUCCACAUGUAGCAGCCAUUGUUAACCAAUCAGAAGUGGCCCAUGAUAGUAGGUGAUAGACAGAUUGAUCCAAUCACCUGCCAAGUAUUUUUUAAAUACUUUUCCAAAUGGCUUCCAAUGGAGCUUUCCUAGAUGGUUUGGUGAAACAAAGCAUCUGAGUCAGGUUAGCUCCAUCACAUCUAUUACAGGGUGAAUCUUAAACUGAAGCUUGACUUUAAAGCAACCCAACGAAAGUUUCAUGUAAGUUUAGUUAUUUCACUCGUAGCUCGGGCUGCGGGGGUGCUAGAGACGGGAGCACGUUGAUACGACCUUCCUAGCCGGAGAUAUGGCCGCAUUUUACAAUAAACUUCCGUUGGGUCGCUUAAAAACAAAUAUCGCAAAUCAAAUCGCAAUAUCUGUCAGAAAAAUCGCAAUUAGAUUAUUUCCCCAAAUCGUGCAGCCCUAGUUCAAAUGCAAUACAGAUUUAGAACAGUUAUUGAUAUUUCACAUGUAUGUUGUGCUUUAUGUCUGUCAAUUCAGAGCUACACCUCAUGAGCUUUUGAGUUGUGUGAAUGUUUGUUUUGGUGAAGUAGUUAAAGUUACAUUGCUUAUUAUAGAAAACUGGCUUUCAGUGGGCCUAAUUUUAAGUUUCAAAUGAAAUACAACAUGAGGAAUUAAGUGAAGGCAAUUUACAAAGGAUUUACGAAAUAUAGUAUAGAUCUUCAUUUUAUAGAUGCACAGUACAUGUUUUAUGAAUUAUAUGAAGAAGCAAAGACAUACCGAGUUCACAUGAGUCUCACUUCCAAGGUGUUCCUAUACAAUACACACUUUUUGUAUUAACAUCUCCAUAUACAACAAUGUAUACGUGAUUCCAAAUAUAUACUGUGUUCGCGCCUAUAUUACUGAGCCUUACUGUAUAUCUCAAACAGCCGCAAUAGUGCCUGAUAAUUCAUGUAGGAAUACUUUCUUAUACAUUUCUAUUAUAGAGGCCUAUUGCAGAACCUUUUUAAUUAAUUUAUUGUUGCAUGACUGAUCUUUUAUUUUCAUUUCUUAAAUUAGAUUAGUAUGAAAACUAUUAUUGGUAAGAAAUUGUGUUAAGUUUUUUUCCUGAUGUGGAAUGUUAGCAUUUGUGAAAAAGUGACUUGAAUGAUUUGGUUAAAAAUAAAGAAAAUAAAAUUAAA